GAGAGAUUCAGGGUAUGCCUCUGUUCGAAGGUCUUUUGCGGCGAAAUCAUUUGCCUGCUUUUUGGUGUGAGAAAACUUCUGAUAUACCAAUGUCUCACUCCUUGAUUAAUCAGACCCUUUCAGUGGCURGAACCUCUGCUCUUAUAAUCAACACAUUCGACGAUUUGGAAGCUCCAUUUCUGACCCAUCUUUCCUCCAUUUUCGACAAAAUUUACACCAUCGGGCCCCUCCAUGCUCUGUCCAAAUCGAGGCUCGGCGAUUCCUCCUCCUCCCCUUCGGCCCUCGCCGGGUUCUGGAAAGAGGAUCGAACCUGCAUGUCUUGGCUCGACUCUCAGCCGCCGAGAUCGGUGAUUCUCGUCAGUUUCGGAAGUUUGGUGAAGAUUAAAGAGAAUGAAUUGAUGGAGAUUUGGCAUGGUUUGGUGAACAGCGGGAAACCCUUCCUGUGCGUGCUGAGACCCGACGUGGUUUAUGGGGGAGAAUCUGAAUCGGGGCAAUUGAUCAAACAGUUGGUGGGCGAAAGAGGGAAUAAUGGCAAUUGGAUGGUAGUGGAGUGGGCAGCACAGGAGAGGGUGCUGGUGCACCCUGCGGUGGGUGCGUUUUUGACGCAUUGUGGUUGGAACUCGGUAACGGAAAUCAUUGUGGCCGGAGUUCCGAUGAUAUGUUGGCCGAGUAUUGGCGAUCAGCCCAUUAAUUCUACUUGGAUCGACAAAGUAUGGAAAAUUGGAAUUGAAAAGGACCAAAAGUGGGACAGGUCGACGGUCGAGAUGAUGAUAAGAGAACUGAUGGACGGCCAAAAGGGAGUGGAAAUCCAGAUAUCCAUGACGAAGCUUUCGAAAUUGGCAACCGAAAAGAUUGUCAAAGGAGAAUUUGGACGACAAAGAAAAGUUGAGGUACAAAGACUCAAAGAUCAAAUUAUUGAGUUAGAAAAUCGUUUUGAGCAUCAAUUUCAAGCAACGAUGGCUGAGAUGAUGCGAAAAAUAUCCUAAAUGGCACCAUAGUCAUCACCUCGAUCACUUUAAGGCAUUACCCUUGAACGCGACUGCACAGGUCUUCACGUCAGUCGCGCCCAAGCCAACCCA